AUGAACUACAUAUUCUUGAAGCAGUGUGUAGAGAGCCGCCCAGUCAUUCCGAUCCCGCAUGAGUGGUUGAACUCCAUCGACUCUCAAAUUCCCCCUCAACUUAAAGACAGUCCUCAGAAAAACAAACUCCUACUUGAGCUCCUCAGGGAAGUCAGCGACAACUUCCACGAUGUUAUCAUCAAACACACAGUGACCACAUUCCUAAAGGAUCCAGAAUACGAAGAACCUCCUCCGGAAAAGCAGAUGUCUCUUCCACUUGAUAUUCUUGAAUAUUCCCAAACACGACGAGGGAGCUUUGUCAUAAACCGAAAGCUGAUGAGGGCAAAUUUGCACAUUCUACAUCCCAUAAUGCAAACUGUCUUGGAAAUUGGCCACACCACCUUUUCUUCGAUGGCCUUGGUGGAUCUUACAGGAUAUAGGGCUAUGGGUCCUGUUGAUGGCAAGGCGUUGCAUAAAGACCUGGCUGUAGAAUGUGAGACAGCAGAGGAACAGAUCAUGAAUACCUGGUUCCCUAAAGUCAUCAAUUUAUUAACAAGUCCAAAAACGCUGGGCUCAGUUAAAGAGGAUGUACUGAAUGCCUUCUUUGACUGCGCAUGCACCCUCAUCUCCAAUCAGCUGAAAAACCUGCUUCAGAGGAGUGUGGAGGAGUUUGUCUACCCAUUUCAUCCAAACAACUACCACUUCUUACCGAUCUUUCAUAUGACCCUAACAUUUAAUGAUGAGAAGAUGGGAAUAUACCCCACCUUAGAGGAACUUGAAGCAGAUGUUUUUGAAAUUCUUAAUGUCAUUACAAACACACUGCAGAAAGUGCAGACGGUUCAGUCCUGGCUGGCACAAUCCACUUCUGCGUAUGUUGAUGCCAAGGCCCCUGAUCACACGCUUGCUUGGGCUCGUUUCACUGUAACGGCAACUGUGCGCAAGAAUCUUGAAGAACCUGACCGAUAUUUUCAGAAUUAUGUUGACAACUAUGACUGGUUAGUCAAUGGAAUUGCCCAGGCUCGAGUUGAGACCUUUGUCAAUGAAACCCAUUCAUUUGGUGAAUAUAUUACGCAAGUGGAGGAGUUUCGUGAUUUGUCGAGGAAGCUUGGCAAUCUCCCAACCAAAGUUCACUUUCCAAUGGUCCAACUGUAUUGUGAGGACCUGAACCAGGGACUGUCUAAAAAAGCAAAAACAUGUGCCGAAAUACUUAUCAGCAACAUGAAAGCUAAACACACUGAGCAAAAUCUACAGAUCAUCUCAGAUUUUGAAACCAUCCGAGAAACCGCUUUGAAUGUGCCAGAGACUACAGAUGAAAUGGCAAAGAUGAUUCAAUACAUUGAAACAACUAAGACAAAGGGUAUUGCGCUUCUUCAUGAAAGAAUAAAGAAAUCCUACAGCAGACUAAGCUACCUUCUAGAUGUCCACAUAUUUGAACCUGAAGAUCUUGAACUCAAUUCAACAGUCUUUAUGUGGCCACUGAAAAUCCUAGAGGUGUUUGAACUCAGCGAUGAGGUUUUCCAGGAGGCAAAGAGGAAAGGGGAGAAGGAGAUGCUCUCUAAAAGAGAAAGGGUAAUGGUUCAUCUCGCGAAGUUGGAACGAAGGGUUGACGAGUUCCCUCACUGCUCUGAGCUUGAUAUGAUGCAGCAGUACAUGGCAGAUAUCAAAACAGUUCAGACCCUUCUCCAGGAGGCUGAGGAGUCAAUUGAAGACAUCCACAAAGACGAAACCUUUCAUGAAUGGGACCAAUCAUUUUACCCAGAAGUUGAGGUCAUCAGACAGAAUAUUGAGCCAUUCCAAAAGUUGUUUUCAUUUAUACUUAGGUGGCAACGUGCAGAAAGCAGCUGGAUGGAUGGUUCUUUCCUGGAACUAGAUGGUGAAGGAAUGGAAGUGAAAGUAGAUGAGUUCUACAGGGAGAUCUUCAAGACACUGAAGUAUUUUCAGCAGAAAAAGAGCAAGAGUGAACAGGCUACUAAGAAGAUAACUUCAACAACCAGACGACGACGUGGUGAAGAAGAAGCCAAAGCAGAGAGUCCCACAAUUGUCUUAUGCUCCACUGUACUAGAGCAGGUCAAGGAGUUCAAGGAACAUAGUCCUUUAUUGGUUGUCAUGUGUAAUCCGGGCAUCAGAGAUCGCCACUGGCAACAGAUGUCACAGAUCGUUGGGUAUGACCUCACUCCCGACGCUGGUACAACACUACGCAAAGUUCUUAAACAAGACUUAGCUCCUUACCUGGAAGAAUUUGAAUCAAUCAGUGCCGCUGCUAGUAAAGAGUUUUCCAUGGAGAAAGCUAUGAAAAACAUGGUUACUGUUUGGGAUGGUGUUUCUCUCCAGCAUCAACCAUACAGAGACACUGGUGUGUCCAUCCUGACUGCUUUGGAUGAAAUUCAGGCAAUGUUAGAUGACCAGAUUGUUAAAACUCAGACAAUGAGGAACUCCCCAUUCAUAAAGCCCCUUGAAAACGAGAUAAGGGUUUGGGAGGAGUGUCUUCUUCGUAUCCAGGAAACCAUUGAUGAGUGGCUGAAGGUGCAGGCUCAAUGGCUCUACCUUGAGCCCAUAUUCUGUUCUGCCGACAUCAUGCAGCAAAUUCCAGAAGAAGGACGACUCUUCCAAAUUGUUGACAAAAACUGGAAGGAGGUCAUGCGGCACUGUGUUAAGGACUCAAAGCUUCUGGAGGCAACCUCAAUGCCUGGCCUACUAGAGAAACUAAAAGAGUCCAACUGCCACCUGGACACCAUCAUGAAGGGACUAAAUGACUAUCUGGAGAAAAAGCGUCUCUUUUUUCCAAGGUUCUUCUUUUUGUCAAAUGAUGAAAUGCUGGAAAUUCUUUCUGAGACAAAAGAUCCACUUCGUGUACAGCCCCAUCUUAGGAAAUGCUUUGAGGGUAUUGCCAAGCUAGACUUCCUACCAAAUCUUGAUAUCCAGGCUAUGUACAGCAGUGAAGGGGAGCGUGUUCCUCUAAUCCAACUCAUCUCUACAGCUGAGGCCCAAGGAGCAGUGGAGAAGUGGCUGGUACAAGUGGAAGACUUGAUGAUUCGCAGUGUUAGAGAUGUAGUGGAUCGCUCCAGAACGGCCUAUGCUGAAACCCCACGGAACCAGUGGGUGAAGGAGUGGCCUGGGCAGGUGGUGAUAUGUACCUCACAAAUGUUCUGGACCUUAGAGGUGCAUGAAGCCAUCAGGGGAGGGGCCGAAGGUGUGAAAAACUACUACCAGCAACUCCAGAAACAGCUAGGAGACAUUGUGGGGCUAGUGAGAGGGAAACUACCCAAGCAAACACGGAUUACUUUGGGAGCACUGGUGACAAUUGACGUCCAUGCCAGGGAUGUUGUUAUGGAACUCAUUGAGCACGGUGUAGUAAAUGAAAAUGAUUUUCGAUGGCUAGCCCAGCUUCGUUACUACUGGAGCAACAACAAUGUUCGAGUUCGCAUUAUAAACUGUGAUGUUAAGUAUGCGUAUGAGUAUCUGGGGAACUCUUUUCGUUUGGUCAUCACCCCACUGACUGACAGAUGCUACAGAACUCUGAUUGGGGCGUUUUACCUCCAUUUGGGUGGGGCACCUGAAGGUCCAGCUGGAACUGGAAAGACAGAAACCACCAAGGAUCUAGCCAAAGCUUUAGCUGUGCAAUGUGUGGUCUUCAACUGUUCUGAUGGACUGGAUUAUCUUGCAAUGGGCAAAUUUUUCAAAGGUUUGGCUUCAUCUGGAGCAUGGGCUUGCUUUGACGAAUUCAACCGCAUUGAGCUUGAGGUCUUGUCUGUCGUGGCCCAGCAGGUCCUCUGCAUCCAGAGGGCAAUUGAGAUGGACUUGGAGUACUUUGACUUUGAAGGAACCAUGCUUAAACUCAACCCCAACUGUUUUGUUUCCAUCACAAUGAAUCCUGGUUAUGCAGGGCGCUCUGAACUUCCUGACAACCUGAAGGUGUUGUUUCGAACAGUGACCAUGAUGGUCCCCAACUAUGCGCUGAUAGCAGAGAUCUCUCUCUAUUCAUAUGGAUUCUUCAAUGCCAAGCCUCUGUCAGUCAAGAUUGCAAUGACUUACAGGCUCUGUUCAGAGCAGCUCUCGUCCCAGUUCCAUUACGAUUACGGCAUGAGGGCUGUCAAAGCUGUACUUGUGGCUGCAGGAAACCUCAAGCUCAAGUAUCCCGACGAAAAUGAGGACAUACUGCUUUUGAGGUCUAUCAAAGAUGUUAACGAGCCCAAGUUUCUUUCGCAUGAUAUUCCACUGUUCAAUGGAAUAACCAGCGAUUUGUUCCCUGGCAUCUCUCUUCCUGAACCUGACUAUGAGUUAUUUUUGGAAGCUGCUCUUGAGUGCUGUGAAAAGCACAAUGUACAGUCAACACAGAUCUUCCUAGAUAAGAUGAUCCAGACAUACGAGAUGAUGAUAGUUCGGCAUGGGUUCAUGCUGGUGGGAGAGUCAUUUUCGGGGAAGACCAAAGUGCUCCAUGUUCUCGCUGACACGCUGAUUCUGAUGAAUGAAAAAGGGUACGGAGAGGAAGAAAAGGUCAUCUUCAGGACAUUGAAUCCAAAGGCGAUCACCAUGGGACAGCUCUUUGGACAGUUUGAUCUCAUUUCCCAUGAGUGGACAGAUGGGAUUGUGGCCAACACGUUUCGCGAGUAUGCAUCGGCUGAAACACCAGAGCGUAAAUGGGUAGUGUUUGAUGGUCCUAUAGAUACGUUGUGGAUUGAAAGCAUGAACACUGUGUUGGAUGACAACAAAAAGUUAUGUCUGAUGAGUGGAGAAAUUAUCCAGAUGUCCAAUCAGAUGAGUCUGAUUUUUGAAGCAAUGGAUCUGUCACAGGCCUCUCCUGCCACAGUCAGUCGAUGUGGUAUGAUCUACAUGGAACCUUCUCAACUGGGCUGGGAGCCUUUAGUGAUCUCCUGGAUGAACACACUUCCUGAUGUUCUGAAGAGUCCCGACCAUAACAAUCUGCUGCUAGAACUCUUUCACUGGCUGCUGCCACCUUCCUUCAGGAUAGUGCGUAAACACUGCAAAGAAGUUGUGCCCACAACCAACUGGAAUGCAUCUAUGUCCUUGUGUAGACUGUUUGAGAUAUUGCUACUUGAACCACUAGAGACAGAGACAAAUGACAAAACUAUUCGAACCUGGAUCUUGGCAGCCUUUUCCUUUUCCCUGGUGUGGUCUGUGGGUGGCAGCUGUGAUACAAAUAGCAGGGAGAAAUUUAAUGAGUUCAUCAGGGACACAAUGUCUGGUAAAACAGCGGAUCAUCCAGUUCCUGAUAUUGUGGGCAAAUGGGAGUGCCCAGUGGAUGAGAAAGGCCUGGUGUAUGACUAUUUCUACGAGUUUAAAGGAAAAGGCAAAUGGAUUCACUGGAAUGAUACAAUCAAAAGUGUCAGCCUGGGGGACAAAAGCACCAAAGUGCAGGACAUCAUUGUUCCCACCAUCGACUCAGUUCGCUACACCUUCCUAAUGGACAUUUGUAUCACCUAUGGAAUACCUCUGCUGUUGGCUGGCCCUACUGGCACUGGAAAGUCAGUGUAUGUAAUGGAGAAGUUGAUGAACGGUCUGGACAAAGAUCUCUUUUUACCCCUCUCAAUCAAUUUUUCUGCCCGUACCACUGCCAACCAAACACAGAACAUCAUCAUGGCCAAAUUAGAUAAGAGACGGAAAGGUGUCUUUGGCCCCCCAAUGGGGAAGAAAUACCUAAUUUUCAUAGAUGAUGUGAAUAUGCCAGCACUGGAGCAGUUUGGAGCUCAGCCUCCAGUGGAGCUUUUUCGACAGUUUUUGGAUCACAAGAAGUGGUAUGACCUGAAGGAUACUUCCGGCAUCAAAUUAGUUGACAUCCAGAUUAUUACAGCCAUGGGUCCUCCUGGUGGGGGGAGGAAUGCUGUGACAUCUCGCUUCCUGCGCCACUUCAACAUUUUUAGCAUCAAUUCUUUCAGUGAUGAGACCAUGGUUCGCAUCUUCUCCAUUAUGGUGGCGUUCUAUCUCAAGAACAAUGAAUUUCCACCAGAAUAUUUUACUAUUGGCAGCCAAACGGUGACAGCAACCAUGGAAGUCUACAAGCAAGCAAUGGAGAACUUACUUCCGACACCAGCCAAGUCUCACUACACUUUUAACCUGCGGGACUUCUCGCGUGUUAUACAAGGGUGUCUGCUUGUGAAAAGCAAAUCUCUGGAGAACAAACGCACUAUGAUUCGCCUAUUUGUCCACGAGGUCUUCCGCGUCUUUUACGAUCGUCUGGUGGAUGACAAGGAUCGAGCGUGGUUCUAUCAGUUGAUGAGCAAGAUCCUCAAGGACCACUUCAAUGAAAACUUUAACCAGGUGUUUGAGCACCUGAAACAAGGCAGCAAAUUGGUCGAGCAAGACAUGCAGACUCUACUGUUUGGUGAUUACAUGAAUCCUGACCUCGAGGCUGAUGAUCGGUUGUAUGCUGAGGUGGCCUCCGUAGAAAGCUUUGCUGAGGUGGUGGAGGCAUGUCUUGUUGAAUACAACCAGAUGAACAAGAGUCGCAUGUAUCUUGUCAUAUUCCGCUAUGUCUUGGAGCACCUGUCCCGCAUAAGCCGUGUCUUGAAGCAGCCAGGAGGGAAUGCCCUGUUAGUAGGAGUGGGAGGCAGUGGGCGCCAGUCCAUCACUCGUUUGGCCACGUUCAUCGCCCAGAUGAACCUUUUCCAGCCUGAGAUUUCAAAAAGUUAUGGAAUGGUUGAGUGGAGGGAUGACCUCAAGAAGCUGCUCAAGGAUGCAGGGGUGAAGGGUCAAAGAAUAGUUUUUUUGCUCACUGAUGCUCAGAUUAAAGAUGAAGCUUUUCUUGAAGAUGUAAACAGUGUCCUGAACACAGGAGAGGUGCCCAAUAUGUUUGCUAUGGAUGAGAAACAGGAUAUCAUUGAGACUGUACGUCCCAUUGCCCAAGCGAAGAAUAAGAGCGUAGAGUUGAGCUCUUUGACUCUGUUUAACUACUUCGUGGCACGCUGCAAGCAGAACCUGCACAUCGUUGUGGCCUUCAGUCCUAUUGGAGAAGCUUUUCGUAAUCGCCUGCGCCAGUUUCCGUCUCUAAUUAACUGUUGCACCAUAAACUGGUUUCAGCCUUGGCCAGAGGAGGCGCUUGAGCGGGUCGCCAACUCUUUCCUGCAGCCGCUGGAGAUGAAAGACAAUGAGACGAAGGAGGUCGUAUCCAUCUGCAAAACAUUUCACACCUCUGCCAGUCAACUUUCAGUGAGAUUCCUCUCUGAGCUAGGUCGCCAUAAUUAUGUUACACCUACAUCCUAUCUGGAGCUCAUGGCAGCUUUCAGUCAGCUCCUCACUAAGAAAAGAGAUGCAGUCAUGAAGGCAAAGAGGAGAUACACCAAUGGUCUGGAAAAACUAGCCUUUGCUGAAUCUCAGGUUGGCGAAAUGAAACUGGAGUUGGUUGACUUACAGCCCAAACUGGAAUUGGCACAGAUAGAAAAUGAAAAAAUGAUGAAGGUGAUCGCAGUGGAAUCUGUUGAGGUGGAAGCUACAAGUAAACUUGUGAGUGUUGAAGAAGAGGCCACAGCUGUCCAAGCUGCUGAGGCUCAAGCGCUGAAGGAUGAGUGUGAUAGUGAAUUGGCUGAGGCCAUCCCUGCUCUUGAGGAAGCAACCUCAGCUUUGAACACCUUAAAGCCUGCUGACAUUACCGUUGUGAAGUCCAUGAAAAACCCGCCCGAUGGAGUUAAGCUGGUGAUGUCAGCCGUGUGUGUAAUGAAAGGAUUGUCUCCAGAUAAGGUGGCUGAUCCUGCUGGGUCAGGAAAAAAGGUUUUGGACUACUGGGGUCCAAGCAAGAAGCUACUGGGUGACAUGAACUUUUUAAGGGAUCUAAAAGAAUAUGACAAGGAUAAUAUUCCUGAGGAAUCAAUGCAAAAAAUCCGCGCUACCUACAUGACCAAUCCUGACUUCAGCCCUGCUAAGGUGGCAAAAGCCUCCUCAGCAGCAGAGGGCCUUUGCAAGUGGAUCAAAGCAAUGGAGUCCUAUGACAGGGUGGUGAAGAUUGUGGCUCCCAAAAAGGCCAAACAAGCAGAGGCUCAGGCAAUGCUGGCUGCUGCCAUGGCCACGCUUUCAGAGAAGAGAGCCCAACUUAAGGAGGUUAUGGACCGUUUGGCUGACCUGCAAAGAAUAUCUCAGGAGAAGACAGAGGAGAAGGCCAAGCUUGAAGCCCAAAGAGAUCUGUGUCAACAGAAGUUGGAGAGAGCUGAGAAACUCAUUGGUGGUCUGGGUGGGGAGAAAACAAGAUGGUCUAAAGCUGCGGAUGAUCUUCAGAACACAUAUGACAACCUUUCUGGGGAUGUCCUUAUCUCUGCCGGUGUCAUGGCAUACCUGGGCGCUUUCACUGCAAGCUUUAGACAAGAUUGCACCAAUCACUGGAUCAAAUCGUGUCAAUCUAAGAGCAUUCCAUCAUCAGAUGAUUUCUCUCUCAGUAAGACCUUGGGAGAUCCUAUUAAGAUUAGGGCGUGGAACAUUGCUGGCCUUCCCACUGACUCUUUCUCGAUUGACAAUGGUGUCAUUACCAGUAAUUCACGUCGAUGGCCCCUGAUGAUUGACCCUCAGGGUCAGGCCAACAAGUGGGUGAAGAAUUCAGAGAAAGACAACAAGUUGAACAUUAUCAAAUUAACAGAUGACGACUAUAUGAGAACUUUGGAAAACUGUAUUCAGUUUGGAAGCCCCUUGCUGCUCGAAAAUGUAGGAGAAGAGUUGGACCCCUCACUAGAACCUCUACUCCUCAAACAAACCUUCAAACAAGGUGGUGUGGAAUGUAUAAAACUGGGGGAGAGCGUUAUUGAGUACUCCCCCGAAUUCCGCUUCUACAUCACCACGAAGCUCAGGAACCCUCAUUAUCUACCAGAACUGGCCACUAAGGUGUCUUUGCUGAACUUCAUGAUCACCCCAGAAGGCUUAGAGGACCAGCUGCUGGGGAUUGUGGUUGCUAAGGAAAGGCCAGAGCUUGAAGAGGAGAGAAAUGCACUCAUUUUGCAGUCAGCUGCAAAUAACAGGCAACUGAAGGAAACUGAGGACAAGAUUCUUGAGACACUUUCAUCCUCGGAGGGAAAUAUUCUGGAGGAUGAGAGUGCCAUUCAGGUCCUAGACUCUGCAAAGAUCAUGUCCAAUGAGAUUACAAAGAAACAAAAGAUUGCAGAGGAGACGGAGAUCAUGAUAGCCGAGUCUCGAGAGUGUUACAGAUCGAUUGCCAAGCACUCCUCUGUUCUGUUCUUCACCAUUGCUGACCUGACCAACAUAGACCCAAUGUAUCAGUACUCUCUCAGCUGGUUUGUCAACCUCUAUAUAAACUCUAUCCAAGACAGUAAGAAGUCCAAGAUCCUGGAAAAGCGGGUCAUGUACCUGGUUGAUCACUUCACCUAUAACUUGUUCUGCAACGUCUGUCGCUCUCUGUUUGAGAAGGAUAAACUUCUCUUCUCCUUUAUCCUCUGUUGCAAUCUACUUCUGGCAAAAGACGAGAUUGAGUACUCUGACUUGAUCUUCUUGAUGACGGGAGGCGUGGGCCUGCAGAACACCCUCGCUAAUCCCGAUCCCAGCUGGCUGCAGGAGAAGAGCUGGGAUGAGAUUUGUCGAGCCAAUGAGCUUCCUGGCUUAAAAGGAGUGAAAAACUCUUUCAUUGAGCGCCCAGAACUUUUCAAACCUAUUUUUGACAGUAAAGAGCCGAGCAACGUUCCUUUGCCCUCACCUUGGGAUGAUAAACUCAAUGAACUGCAGAAGAUGAUCAUUGUCCGCUGUCUCAGGCCUGACAAGAUUGUGCCAGCUGUAAACAAAUAUGUAAUAAUUAAGAUUGGGAAAAAAUUUGUUCAGCCCCCUCCCUUUGACCUAAGCAAGAGCUACCUGGACUCUAAUGCCACCAUCCCGCUGGUGUUUGUGCUUUCUCCUGGUGCUGAUCCCAUGGCUAGCUUACUGAAGUUCGCAGCUGACAAGGACAUGGGGGGUAAUAAUUUCCAGUCCAUUUCUCUGGGGCAAGGCCAGGGACCCAUUGCUUCCAAAAUGAUAUCUACAGCCAUGCAGAAUGGGACAUGGGUGUGUUUGCAGAAUUGUCAUCUGGCUGUGUCCUGGAUGUCCACCCUGGAGAAGAUCUGUGAGGACUUUAGUCCUGCAACAUGCCACCAAGACUUCCGACUUUGGCUCACAAGCUACCCUUCACCCAAGUUUCCAGUCACCCUUCUGCAGAAUGGGGUGAAAAUGACUAACGAGCCCCCGACAGGACUUCGACUAAACAUAUUACAGUCAUACACGUCAGAUCCUGUUGGUGACCAAAACUUCUUCAAUAAUUGCACAAAUAAGGAACUGGUCUGGGAAAAGCUCCUGUAUGGGCUGUGCUUCUUCCAUGCGCUUGUACAGGAGAGAAGGAAGUUUGGCCCAUUAGGCUGGAAUAUUCCUUAUGGCUUCAAUGAGACAGACCUUCACAUAAGUAUCAGACAGCUCCAGUUGUUUAUCAAUCAAUACGAUGAGGUGCCCUUUGAGGCCAUAACUUACCUGACUGGAGAGUGCAACUAUGGAGGCCGCGUAACUGACAACUGGGAUCGGCGCCUCCUGAAUACCAUGUUGGCUGACUUCUACAACAGGGACGUUGUGGAUAAACCUUCUUUUCCUUUCUCACCAAGCGGUGAUUAUGUUGCCCCCCCUAAAUCCUCCUAUGAUGACUACCUUCGAUUCAUCAAGGAGCUUCCAGUCAGUCAGCAUCCAGAAAUAUUUGGGAUGCACGAAAAUGUGGAUAUUUCGAAGGACCUGCAGCAGACAAAGCUGUUGUUUGAUUCACUGCUUCUCACCCAGGGAGGAGGAUCUAAGGGAGGGGGUAGCUCUGGGAGUGACAAUGCUCUGUAUGACAUUGCGAAUGACAUCCUCACUAAGCUUCCAAAUAAUUUUGACAUCGAAGUAUCGCUCAAUAAGUACCCAGUGCUCUACAAGGAGAGUAUGAACACUGUGCUUGUCCAAGAAAUGGAGCGCUACAACACGCUUUGUAGUACCGUCCGUGUUAGUCUACAGAACCUGCUCAAGGCCCUCAAGGGUUUAGUGGUCAUGGAUGCUGAGCUGGAGGGAAUUGCAAUUAGUUUGGCAGUGGGCAAGGUUCCAGAGCAAUGGGCCAAACGCUCGUAUCCAAGCCUCAAGCCCCUGGGCAGCUACAUUAAUGACUUUCUCACAAGGCUUAAGUUUUUGCAAGACUGGUUCAGUGACGGUAAGCCCAGUGUGUUCUGGCUGUCAGGAUUCUUCUUCACCCAGGCCUUCCUAACAGGGGCUACGCAGAACUACGCCAGGAAAUACAAUGUUCCAAUUGACCUGCUGGGCUUUGACUUUGAGGUUCUUCCUAUUGAUCAGUCAGACACGCCUCCAGAAGAUGGUGUCUACAUUUAUGGGUUGUUUCUUGACGGAGCUCGAUGGGACAAAGAAAGUGGAGUUUUGAUGGAGCAGUAUCCCAAAAUCCUCUUUGACACAGUACCCAUUAUCUGGAUAAAACCUAGUAAGUAUGCAUUUAGAUGUGAAUCUGACGGCCGCUAUCUUUCUCCUCUCUACAAGACCACCGAGAGGAGGGGCACCCUCUCUACAACAGGACACUCUACCAAUUUUGUCAUUCCGAUGUUGUUGCCCACUGCCAAGCGCCCUCAGCACUGGAUCAAACGCGGAGUGGCACUACUCUGUCAGCUUGACGACUGA